UUUGACGGUGUCGGUGAUCCCUGGGAUUCCCGUUAAUAUCCCGACUUUACCUCAUCAUUUUUCUGUUUUUUCCGGGCUGUUUGUGAGCCGCGGGGCAGCCGCAGGUUUCUGCCGGGUUUAGGCGCCUCUCCGCCGGCCUGCAGGUGCAGUCGCUGUCUGCUGGUUCCUCUGGAUGCGGACUGACGGUUGUAAAUCGGCGCUGUAAUCUCCGGAUUUUAACUGGAAACAGCGAACAGACGGCGGAGGGAUUUCCUCAGAUUUCAGCCUCCAGAAGCUUCGUUUAUAUGUAAUUAUAAUUACGUUAUUUUGUCGUUAUAUUGUUAACUGAACGUAGAUUUUAUUUUUAAUAUUGUGACUGCAGGACAUGUGGCUUUAUUCUGUAUAGUGACCUUCUCACUAAACACUAAAACCUUCCUCUCAUGUGUUCCGGCAUAUUCCUGCUAUAACCUUCAGAAAACAUUCCGGGAACGUUCCGGUUUGGGCCAUUUAAUGUUAGCUCGACAUUAAAACUGAUCCUGCAGGCUCCUGUAGCUGCUGUCACAUUGAAAGAAGCUCGGAGCACAUUUUAAUUCACAUUAUACAUACAGCUGUGCAGAAACACAAUAAUAAUCUUUAUCUAUAGAGCACUUUUUAAAUGGGCUUCACAAAACAGCAACAAUUAAAAACGGAGCUGUCAUAAAAACAUCAGUGGAGGAAACUGUACAGUUUAGGAAAUAUGAAAUAAAAGACCGGAAACAAUUCAAAGACUUUCUGGAUCAGAUUUCAGAUCAUCUGUUUGGUUUUUGUUAUUAAUGUUUCUGUGAAACAGCAAAAACUUCUGAGAGCUUUCUACAGCUAACAUGAUUUAAUAUGGUUGUUUGUGUUCAGAUAUUUACUUUAAUAUCUGAUGAGCCCACCGACACUAAAAUAUCUCUGAAAUAUUACAACUCUUCUUAACACAUUUAAACAGUUUUUCUCUGUACUUUGUUUCUAAAAUAUUUAAAUAAAGUUGAAUUAAUUUACUCGGGACAGGUGACUUUUCGUGUGAAUGCUGAAAACAAAAUGAGAUGUAUUUCCUGAACAAUCCCGUCCUCUUUAAAGGUAACCCCGGCAGAAUUAAAGGGACAGUCCGCGCCUUCAGGAAGACAUUUUAGGACGUUUUAGACUGAAAGUUUCUGGGACAUUAAGACUUUCCAUUUAGACUUUCGCUGCUCUGCAAUCAGUUUAAAACGCUCGGCUAACAACCGUUAGCAGCGGCGAGGCUGCAGCUUGGAAUUAUGGGAAGUGUAGUUGGAUGUUGCUCAGUUGAAGAGACUAUAGUGAUGGACUCCAGCUCCCAGCAGCCUUAGCGGGACACAGAUGCUCCUGCCCUGCCCUGGGCCCGUCAGACCUUGAUAUUUUGGACUCUGUGGAUUGUUAAUGUUUUGAGUUUGGAGCGGCCAUGUCGGAUAAGACGGCGCCGCGCUGCCAGCUGAGGCUGGAGUGGAUCCACGGUUACCGUGGUCACCAGUGUCGGAACAACCUGUACUACACGGCGGGCAAGGAGGUGGUGUACUUCGUGGCCGGCGUGGGCGUGGUCUACAACACCCGGGAGCACACGCAGAAGUUCUACCUGGGACACAACGAUGACAUCAUCAGUCUGGCGAUCCAUCCAGAUAAGAUCCAGGUGGCGACAGGUCAGGUGGGUAAAGACCCGUUCAUCUGUGUCUGGGACACGUACGCCAUGCAGACUGUGUCCAUCCUGAGGGACGUCCACACACACGGAGUGGCCUGUUUGGCCUUCGACUCGGACGGACAGCGUCUGGUGUCGGUCGGUCUGGACGCCAAGAACACUCUGUGUGUUUGGGAUUGGAGGAGAGGACGAGUCCUCGCCACGGCAACAGGACACUCAGACAGAAUCUUUGAUGUGGCCUGGGAUCCUUUUCAGUCCAGCCGUCUGGUCAGCUGUGGAGUCAAACACAUCAAGUUCUGGACUCUGUGUGGGAACGCUCUGACUCCUAAGCGAGGGAUCUUUGGGAAGACGGGCGACCUACAGACCAUCCUGUGUGUUUCUGCAGCCAAGGACGAGCUGACGUACUCCGGAGCUCUGAACGGAGACGUGUACGUGUGGAGAGGAAUCACUCUGAUCAGGACUGUACAGGCUGCACAUGGGGCCGGGAUCUUCAGCAUGCACGCCUGCGAGGAAGGAUUCGCCACAGGAGGACGAGACGGCUGCAUCAGACUGUGGGACGUCGACUUCAAACCCAUCACCAAGAUCGACCUGCGAGAGGCCGAGACGGGAUACAAAGGUGUGUCGAUCCGCAGUGUUUGCUGGAAAGCGGACCGGAUCCUGGCGGGGACGCAGGACAGUGAGAUCUUCGAGGUCAUGGUGCGAGACCGAGACAAACCGGUUCUGCUGAUGCAGGGUCACAGUGAGGGGGAGCUGUGGGCGCUCGACCUGCACCCCAAACAGCCCGUCGCAGUCACCGGGAGCGAUGACCGCUCCGUCAGGCUGUGGAGUCUCCCUGACCACACUCUGCUGGCUCGCUGUAAUAUGGAGGAGUCAGUCCGCAGUGUUUCCUUCAACAACGAUGGCUCUCAACUUGCUCUGGGCAUGAAGGACGGAUCCUUCACCGUGCUGCGCGUCAGGGACAUGACGGAGGUGGUGCACAUCAAGGACAGGAAGGAGGUAAUCCACGAGCUGAAGUUUUCCCCGGACGGUUCCUUCCUGGCGGUCGGGUCAAACGACGGGCUGGUGGACGUCUACGCUGUCGGCCAGCGCUACAAGAAGGUGGGCGAGUGCAGCCGCUCGGCGUCCUUCAUCACCCACCUGGACUGGUCGGUGGACAGCCGCUUCCUGCAGACCAACGACGGCGUCGGAGAGCGCCUCUUCUACAGGAUGCCAGCGGGGAAGCUGGUUCCUAAAGAGGAGGCGAAGGGGAUCCACUGGAUGACGUGGACCGGCGUCAUCGGCUCGGAGGUGAACGGCAUCUGGCCCAAAUACUCCAACGCCACCAAUGUGAACUCUGUGGACGCCAACUACAGCAGCGCGGCGCUAGUGACCGGGGACGACCUUGGCCUCGUCAAACUCUUCCGCUUCCCCUGCCUCAAGAAAGGAGCCAAGUUUAAGAAGUACAUCGGCCACUCCGCCCAUGUGACCAACGUCCGCUGGUCCAACGACCUGCAGUGGGUCGUCAGCACCGGUGGCGCCGACCACGCCGUCUUCCAGUGGCGCUUCCUGCCCGAGGGCGUCAUGAACGGCGUCCUGGAGCCCCUCCUCCAAGAGGGUUACGCCGACUCCAACAGCGGCGAGUCGGACUCAGACGUGUCGGACGUCCCGGAGCUCGACUCGGACAUCGAACAGGAAGCUCAGACCAGCUACGAACGCCAGGUGUACAAGGAGGACCUUCCUCAGCUCAGGAAGAAGCUGAUUGGUUCCCUGAAGCGUCAGAAAGCUCCGGAGGAGGGGCUUCGUCUGCAGUUUGUUCAUGGGUACCGGGGCUUUGACUGCCGGAACAACCUGUUCUACAGUCAGAGCGGCGAGGUGGUGUACCACGUGGCGGCCGUGGCCGUCGUCUACAGCCGCCUGCAGCACAGUCAGAGGUUUUAUCUCGGCCACGACGACGACAUCCUCAGCCUCACCGUGCACCCGCUCAAAGACUACGUGGCCUCCGCUCAGGUUGGCAGAGACCCGGCCGUCCACGUCUGGGACAUCCAGACUCUGAAGUGUCUGUCGCUGCUGAAGGGACACCACAGCAGAGGGGUGUGUGCUCUGGAGUUCACAGCGGACGGAAAGAGUUUGAUCUCAGUGGGAAUCGAUGAAUUUCACUCCAUCGUCAUCUGGGACUGGAAGAAAGGAGAGAGGCUGGCCAAGGCCAGGGGUCACAAAGAGAAAACAUUUGUGGUGAAGAGCAACCCCUUCAGGAUGGACAAACUGGUAACUGUUGGCAUCAAACACAUCAAGUUCUGGCAACAUUCAGGUGGCGGUCUGACGUUUAAACGGGGGAUUUUCGGGAACCUGGGGAAACAGGAGACGAUGAUGUCGGCGUGUUACGGCAGGUCAGAGGACCUGGUGUUCUCCGGAGCGACUAACGGAGACGUUUACAUCUGGAGAGACACCACGCUCAUCAAGACCAUCAAAGCCCACGACGGCCCCGUGUUCGCCAUGUGCUCCCUGGACAAGGGCUUUGUGACGGGGGGGAAGGACGGCAUCGUGGAGCUCUGGGACGACAUGUUCGAGAGAUGUCUGAAGACGUACGCCAUCAAGAGAGCAGCGCUGUCUCCGUCCUCUAAAGGUCUGCUGCUGGAGGACAACCCGUCCAUCCGAGCCAUCACGCUGGGACACGGUCACAUCCUGCUGGGGACCAAGAACGGAGAAAUCCUCGAGAUCGACAAGAGCGGGCCCAUGACGCUGCUGGUCCAGGGACACAUGGAGGGGGAGGUGUGGGGGUUGGCGGCCCACCCUCUACUUCCUGUCUGCGCCACCGUCAGCGACGACAAAACUCUGAGGAUCUGGGAGCUGUCAGCCAAUCACCGCAUGGUCGCUGUCCGCAAACUCAAGAAGGGCGGGCGGUGCUGUGCCUUCUCCCCCGACGGUAAAGCUCUGGCGGUGGGUCUGAACGACGGCUGCUUCCUGGUGGUGAACGCCGACACGCUGGAGGACAUGGUCACCUUCCACCACCGCCGAGAACUCAUCUCCGACAUCUGCUUCUCCCGAGACGCAGGGAAGUACCUGGCCGUGGCGUCCCAUGAUUCCUUCGUGGACAUCUACAACGUGCUGACCAGUAAGAGGGUGGGCAUCUGUAAAGGAGCCGGCAGCUACAUCACACACAUCGACUGGGACUCUCGAGGUAAACUGCUGCAGGUGAACACCGGUGCUAAAGAGCAGCUGUUCUUCGAGGCUCCGCGAGGACGCAAACAGAACAUCAGCAUGGCCGAGUUUGAGAAGCUGGAGUGGGCGAGCUGGACAUCUGUUCUGGGUCCGAGCUGUGAGGGAAUAUGGCCGACGCUCAGCUUCGUCAACACCGCCUCGCUCACCAGAGACGGCACGCUGCUCGCCACCGGAGACGACUUCGGCUUCCUCAAACUCUUCAGCUUCCCCUCCAGGGGCCAGUUUGCCAGGUUUAAGAAGUACGUGGGCCACAGCACCAACGUGACCAACGUGCGCUGGUCCAACGACGACACGGUGCUGCUGUCGGUGGGCGGGGCCGACACGGCGCUGAUGAUCUGGAGCCGAGAGCCGCCGGGUCACAAGGAGAGCAAAGCCGUGGAUAGCGAGGAGUCGGACGACGACACCGAGGAGGACGGAGGGUACGACAGCGACGUGGCCCGGGAGAAGACGGUGGACUACGUCACCAAGAUCUACUCCGCCAGCAUCAGGAACAUGACAGGAACCAGACCUCACCUGCAGCACAAAGAAGUUCCUGUGGAGGAGAGGCCUCCGGUGAGCCGAGCCGCUCCGCUGCCUGACAAACUGCUGAAGAACAACGUGACCAAGAAGAAGAAGGUGGUGGAGGAGCUGGUGUUGGAGCACGUCUUCGGCUACCGAGGCUUCGACUGUCGUAACAACCUGCAUUACCUCAACGACGGAGCUGACAUCGUGUUCCACACGGCCGCCGCCGUCGUCAUCCAGAACCUGUCGGCCGGAAGCCAGAGUUUCUACCUGGAACACACCGACGACAUCCUGUGUCUGACCAUCAACCAACACCCCAAAUACCAGAACGUGAUCGCUACGGGACAGAUCGGCCUUGCUCCAUCCAUCCACGUGUGGGACGCCAUGACCAAGCAGACUCUGUCCAUCCUGCGCUGCUCCCACGCUAAAGGGGUCGGCUACGUCAACUUCAGCGCCACGGGAAAGCUGCUGCUGUCUGUGGGCGUGGAGCCUGAACACACCAUCACCGUGUGGAGGUGGCAGGAAGGCACCAAGGUGACGUGUAAAGGCGGCCACGCCGAGCGGAUCUUCGUGGUGGAGUUCAGACCGGACUCAGACACCCAGUUUGUGUCGGUGGGAAUCAAACACAUCAAGUUCUGGACGCUGGUCGGAGGCUCGCUCGUCUACAAGAAAGGAGUGAUCGGCUCGGUGGAGGACGGCCGCAUGCAGACCAUGCUGUCUGUGGCCUUCGGGGCGAACAACCUGACAUUUACUGGCGCUAUAAACGGAGACGUGUACGUGUGGCGGGAGCACUUCCUGGUGCGGGUGGUUGCCAAGGCGCACAGCGGCCCGGUGUUCACCAUGUACACCACGCUGAGGGACGGACUCAUCGUCACCGGGGGGAAGGAACGCCCGACUAAAGAGGGCGGCGCUGUGAAGCUUUGGGAUCAGGAGAUGAAGCGUUGCCGAGCGUUUCAACUGGAGACGGGCCAGCCGGUGGAGAACGUCCGCUCCGUCUGCAGAGGGAAGGGUAAAAUCCUGGUGGGAACCAAAGACGGAGAGAUCAUCGAGGUGGGAGAGAAGAACGCUGCGUCCAACACCAUGAUCAACGGACACACUCAGGGAGGGAUCUGGGGGCUAGCCACUCAUCCAUUUAAAGACGUCUUCAUCUCCGCCAGCGAUGACGGGACCAUCCGGAUAUGGGACCUGGCUGAUAAGAAACUUCUGAACAAGGUGAGUUUGGGUCAUCCUGCCAAGUGCACGUCUUACAGUCCCAACGGAGAGAUGGUUUCCAUCGGUACGGAGAACGGAGAGUUCAUCGUUCUGCUGGUCAACUCGCUCACCGUCUGGGGCAAGAAGAGAGAUCGCAGCGUCGCCAUCCAGGACAUACGGUUCAGUCCAGACAACCGGUUCUUGGCGGUGGGCUCGGUUGACAGCGCUGUGGACUUCUACGACCUUUCUCUGGGCCCGUCCCUGAACAGGAUCGGCUACUGUAAGGACAUCCCCGGCUCCGUCAUCCAGAUCGACUUCUCAGCCGACAGCAAACACAUCCAGGUUUCCAGCAGCAGCUACACCCGGCAGGUGCAUGAAGUUCCCUCGGGGAAAAAGGUCUCGGAGCAGUCAGUGUUUGAGAGAAUCACCUGGGCGACCUGGACCAGCAUCCUGGGAGACGAGGUUCUGGGCGUUUGGCCACGUAACUCGGAGAAGGCCGACGUUAACUGCGCCUGUGUGUCCCACGCCGGCCUGAACCUGGUGACCGGAGACGACUUCGGACUCAUUAAACUCUUUGACUUCCCGUGCUCCGAGAAAUUUGCGAAACACAAGCGCUACUUUGGCCACUCUGCUCACGUCACAAACGUUCGCUUCUCCUGUGACGAUAAGUUCGUCAUCAGCGCUGGCGGCAGCGACUGCAGUUUAUUCGUUUGGAAAAGUCAGUGAGAUCCCUAAAAACCCUCCGGACUCUGACCGGGGAUGCUGCUGACGCUUCGGCCCUUUGACCUGAAACAUCCUGGGACGGGAAAUCCAAAACGUUUAAACCCUCCAGGGACAGGAAGUCUGAAGCGUUUCCUGUUUCCUGCUGCGGGACGCUGCUGUCGGUAUUGUGUGUUAUCCGGACGGAGUUCUUCUUGUACAUAAAUGGGAAACUGAAGAGCAAUGUUUAAUAUUUCCAAAUGUUUGUGUUGCUUAAAGGUGCUGUAGGUAGGAUUGUGAAGAUCCAG